CCGGAAGCGAUCUUUGGCUGAUGUGGACAAUCUAUUAACGGGUGAAAUAAUCUCCCGCUAAGUAACUAGCGACUGUCGAGCAAGCCGGUGUCAAAGAAAUAAACAUUUUUUUAAACAAUGCAACGAUGAAAAUAUGUAGCGUUUGAACUAAACAAUUUUUUAAACAUUUGUAAGAUCUGGAAUAAAAAAUAAAUAAGCGAUCAACAAUGAUGUCGGAAUGCGAACCAAACGAGCCCGAUCCGGUGGUGGCGGAUGACAUCGCCCCGGUAACCGCCUCCGCUGCUGCUUCUACCACGGAUCUCAACUUUCGGUCACAGGAGCCACUGUCGACGUUGUUCGAUAGAAACACAGUCGGGUCUGGGACAAACCCCGGGGUCGCGAUUCGGAUCUCGGGUUCGUGUGAAAGUGUUCUUACCGAAUUGGAGACGGACGGUUCUGGGGAAGAGACUCUGUUGUUACCGUGUUUAUCCGGAGGCGCGUCGUCACCUCGGGGCGAGAGGCAGAAGAGGACGAGGCGGAACCGACGGAGUUCAUCGUCGGAUAAAGAUAACCUUACCUCGCCAGGUAACAGUAGUGGAGACUUUAACCAUUUCCCCGGUGACCCGGAGUUUGGUGACAUCAUUCAGAGGGCGGAGCAGGCCAUCGAGGGCGGAGUCUUCCCAGAGAGAAUCUCUCAGGGUUCUAGCGGGAGUUACUUCGUUAAAGACUCCAAAGGGAAAAUCCUCGGUGUUUUCAAACCAAAGUCUGAAGAGCCUUACGGUCACCUCAACCCUAAAUGGACCAAAUACUUUCACAAGCUGUGCUGUCCAUGUUGUUUUGGCCGUGGCUGCCUGAUCCCCAACCAGGGCUAUCUCUCAGAGGUUGCUGCCUCCCUCGUUGAUACCAGGCUAGGACUGGGGGUGGUCCCCAAAACCAAGGCUGUGUAUCUAGUCAGUGAGACAUUUCACUACAACACUAUCGACAGGGCGAAGUCCAGAGGGAAGAAAUACGCCCUGGAGAUGGUUCCCAAAGUAGGACGUCACUUCCACAGAGUGGGCCUGCCCCCCAAGCUUGGUUCGUUCCAGCUGUUCGUGGAAGGGUACCAUGAGGCUGACUAUUGGCUGAGACGUUUUGAGGCGGAGCCUCUCCCAGAGAACAUCAGGAAACAGCUCCAGUCUCAGUUUGAGAGGCUCGUCAUUCUGGACUACGUCAUCAGAAACACAGACCGAGGGAAUGACAACUGGUUGAUCAAGUAUGAGAAGCCAGGGGAAGGAGAGGGAGAGAAGGCCAUCCAGAUAGCAGCUAUAGACAACGGCCUGGCCUUCCCCUUCAAACACCCUGACGAGUGGAGAGCCUACCCGUUCCAUUGGGCCUGUCUGCCCCAGGCUAAAGUGCCCUUCUCCCAGGAGACCAGAGAGCUGGUGCUGUCCCGUCUGUCAGACAUGAACUUCGUUCAGGACCUCUGUGAAGACCUCUACGAACUGUUUAUGGCAGAUAAAGGUUUUGAUAAGACCAUGUUUGAAAGGCAGAUGUCAGUCAUGAGAGGACAGAUCUUAAACCUGAGCCAGGCGUUGAAGGACAAUAAAACUCCCAUUCAGUUGGUCCAGAUGCCCAGAGUCGUGGUGGAGAGACGGCGGACUGGAGGACAGGGGAGGGUGGUGACAUUAGGAACAGCUUUCACCCAGACCUUCCACUGCAAGAGACCGUUCUUCUCUUCCUGGUAGAGGGAGGGAUGGCUGGAGAGAGAGAGGACAGGGGAGGGUGGUGACAUUAGGAACAGCUUUCACCCAGACCCAGAGGGAGGGAUGGCUGGAGAGGGAGAGAGGACAGGGGAGGGUGGUAACAUUAGGAACAGCUUUCACCCAGACCCAGAGGGAGGGAUGGCUGGAGGAGCUGCUGCAGGGGUGGGUGGAGAGAUGAGGAGGGAGGGAAGAGAGGGAGCCUCCACUGCAACACAAUGACCUACCCUCCUGGUAGAGAGGGUGAGUGAGAGAGAAAUGAAGACUCUCAGAGCAUCUUUCCUCCUGGUAGAGUGAGAGGGUCAGAGAGUGAGAGGGAGAGGGUCAGAGAGGGUGAGAGGGUCAGAGAGAAAGAGAAGAGACUCUCAGAGCAUCUUUCCUCCUGGUAGAGUAAGAGGGUCAGAGAGUGGGAGAGGGUGAGAGAGAGUGGGAGAGGGUGGGAGAGGGUGAGAGAGGGAAAUGAAGAGACUCUCAGAGCAUCUUUCCUCCAGAGGGAUUGGUUUGGAGUUGGACGUCACACAUCUGGGGAAACAUCCCAAAUAGCUCCAUAUUCCCUUUAUAGUGCCCUACAUUAGGUCCCGGUCAAUGUGGAUUCGUGCACUUAGGAAGGGAAUAGUGUUCGAUUUGGGACGUAUCCCGAGUGUGUUGAGCUCAGAGGAGAACCCAGGACGUCCUGAAUGGAACCCUAUUCCCUAUCCAGUCCUGCACUACGUCUGACCAGAGGCCCCAUAAGGGGGCUAGGUGCACUUAGGGGAAUAUAGUGCUAUUUGGGAUACACUAACCGUGUCUUCGGUUCUACUGCCAAAAUCAUUGUAAUAUAAGCAUGAAGGAAAUGUUUUUUUUUUUUAAGGAAUUAAAUCAUAUUAAAAACUGGAUAAAAUACCA